CUGGGAACAGAGGAGAAGUACUCCUCUUUGAAUGGCAGGACCUGCACGAUGUGGAGCUUCAGUUUUCUCCUCUUUUGGGGGUGUUGUGGUAUAUACUCCUGGGAAAUGUUAACAUCAUCCUCACUGGAAUCAAUGACAUGGCGUGAACGGCCACGGCGGUCACCAUCGAAUCUUGAUGCGAAGGGGUGUACAGAUACCACCAUGUGUCCAGCGCAUGCAACCUGCACCAACACUUCAACAAGUUACUACUGCGCUUGCAAAGGAGGCUUCUUGUCCAGCAACGGAUUGAAGACAUUCAAGGGCCCAGGAGUGGAAUGCAAAGAUAUAGAUGAAUGCUCUCAGAGGCCCACACCAUGUGGCUCUAACUCAAUCUGCAGAAACCUGCCUGGGAGAUAUAGGUGCAGCUGUAGGACUGGCUUCUCUUCUCCCACUGGAAAUAACUGGACACCAGGAAAGGGAGGUCGCUUCACCUGUAGAGAUGUGGAUGAAUGUGCCAAUUCCAAAAGUUGCCCAGAGCAUUCGACUUGCCAUAACAGUCUUGGAAGCUACUCUUGCGUCUGCAACCCAGGAUAUGUAUCCAGAAGUGGAAAGAAGAGUUUCCAGGGACCAGGGGAGACGUGUCAAGAUAUAGAUGAAUGUUCUCAAAAGCCCCCACCUUGUGGUCCUAACUCAGUCUGCAGAAACCUGCCAGGAAAGUAUGAGUGCAGCUGUUUGACUGGUUUCUCUUCUCCCACCGGAAAUAACUGGAUCCCUGGAAAGCCGGGAAAUUUCACCUGUAAAGACAUUAAUGAAUGCCUCUCCCGUGGGGUCUGCCCUGAGCAUUCUGAGUGCACCAACUCUUUGGGAAGCUACCGUUGCAGCUGCAAAGUUGGAUUCACCUCUAAAAACUCCAUCUGCGAAGGUACAGAGAACCGGAUCUUUUUUAGCUACUCAAUGAAUUAA